CUCCACCCUCCCAUUCGUCAUGCCUUUCACUGCUUCUGACGUCUGCAAGAUCAUCUUUGCGAUCAUCCUGCCUCCUCUGGGAGUUUUCCUCGAGCGCGGAUGCGGUGCUGAUCUGCUGAUCAACAUCUGUUUGACAAUCCUGGGUUGGAUCCCUGGUAUCAUCCACGCGCUUUACAUCAUUUUUAAAUACUAGACCGCCU